AAGGGUGUCAUAGUCAGUACAUGAUAAACUGCUUGAACAAAUAAUUUUACAUAGCAUAUACAAAAAAACUGCUUGAACAAAUAUUUCGUAUAAGAAUGGCAGAGGUAUUUGAUAUGUUAAUGGGUGUGAAUGCAAGAAAACUCGAAUGGAAUUUUCAGGUUUAUGUUGUCCAUCUAUGGGAAGUUCCAAAUAGAUUCAAUGAAAAAGAGAUCAAUGGCAUAGAGAUAGUUCUUCAAGAUAUUCAGGCAAGUUUGUUAAACUUUCAUAUAUAUCUAUUAGUUUGUAAAAUUUUUUUUUGAACUUUCUUGACAUUAUGCCUGUAUGAUCUUUAGGGUGGAAGGAUCCAAGCCUCAAUCCCUAAACCUCUACUAAAGAAAUGGAGAGGUAAGAUUGUUGAGUUCAAGAUGUACAUCAUGACCCAUUUCAUUGUGGUCGACAAGAAGGAAAAAAUCAAGACAACCAACAAUAGAUGGUCCUUAAGUUUUUCACAUAGGACCACAGUUCAGCCAGUUUCUAAACCAAGUUAUCCUCUUGAAGCAUUUAGCUUUAAGCCCAUUCCGGAGCUGCUUGCUGCUGACAAGCUGGAAGAUUCAGUUCUAAUCGAUGUCAUAGGGGAAGUGGUUUGCAAGGAGGAUCCAAGAGAACUCAUAACUAGCAAAGGAAGAGAGACUAAAAGAUUGGCUGUCAUUCUUGAGGACCUUGAGUGAGACAAUAUGAUUCCAGGUUCAUAUAUUAUUAAACAUAAAUUAUUAUAUCACUAAGGAACCUUCUUAUAUUUGUGAAUGUUGUUCAGAAACAAUAGUAUUAGUUGUGUGUUGUUUGGAGACAUGGUUGAUUAGCUUUUUCCAUAUCUUGAAGAAGGGAGGGUUGAGCCAUUGAUAGUUAUGGCACACGUUUUUAAACCCAGCAGGUGGAACGGAAAAACGUCAAUGCAGAGUCAUUUUGAUAUAUCAAAGUUACGUAUUAACCCUGAUUUGGAUGAAGUCAAAGAUUUCCGUAACAGGAGGCUUUCUGGAAAGCCGUCUAACUCGACCAGGAUAAGUCAAGUUACAUUGCAUGGUCUGCGAUCUAGUGCAGACGAAAUAAAAAAUGGAGAUGUCGUGGUCAAAACAAUAGAAGAAGCCCUGAGCUCUUCACAGGAAGGACCUAUAUGGAUUGCUGGUACUAUUGUUUCAAUUAAUGUUGGAAAGGAUGAUUGGUUCUAUAAAUCAUGUCGAAAGUGUCCGAAGAAAGUAGAAACUCCAAUUGGCAACAGAUAUGAGUGUGGCAAGUGUGGCCACACUCAUGCAAGUGCAUCACUUAGGUUUAAGGUUGAGGUAUUAGUAUAUGAUGGAACUGGGAGCAUCAUGUUGCUGAUGUGGGAUAGGGAGAUGGCACAACUGUGUGGGAGGCAAGCUGAGCAGAUAAAGGAUGAGGAAAGUAGUGAUGGAGAAGGUUAUCCUCCUACAUUGGAUAGCAUGAUGGAUAGGCGGUUACUCUUCAAAAUAAAUGUCAAAGCAUCGAACAUAAAACAGUAUGACCAUGUUUACACGGUCAUGAAAAUAUGUGAUGAUGAAGAUAUUGUGGAGAUGAAUCACCCCAAACCAGUACAAAACAAUGCUUCUGCUAAUCUAAUUGAGACCGGGUGCAGUGACUCAAUUGGUAUAUCAGCGGUGGUGGUUAAUAUGCAUAAUGAUACUGAAUCUAUGGUUUCUUUGGAUGGUGUCGAAGACAGUGUCACAAGCCUGAAGUCCAAAACGCCUGCAAAAAGAGCUCCCGUGGGGCUAAAGCAGUCCGUGCAUAUUAAUAUUGACACCAAAGAUGAGUUGGGUUUUUCGACAAACAAAUUUAGCCGAAAGGCUGGAAAGAGGUAGAAGAUUCAAAUAAAUGAGAGUGAUAACUGACUGUGACUAUCUUAAAAGUAUAUGUUUGGAUACCAUUAGGUGUUUUGGUUUUGUAAUGAGUAUGCAGAUUAGAGUUAAUAGACUCAGUUUGAUCAAGGCUUUGGAAUGAUGUUUUCUUUUGUGUUUCCUUAUUUCGUAGGAUAGUUUCAGUAAUAGAGCUAAUAUGAAAUGCUCAGCUAAUGAUUAUAGUAGGUUAAUCUAAUAUAUGGCAAUAUAUGUCAAAACUAAAUUUGCUUUGUAAUGCAUUAUUUAUUUCUAUCUAUGAGUAGUGUUUUAUUUUA